GCGAUGCGCAUAUAAGCGUCGAGCACGAUCCACAUUGAUUCCUUCACAGUCCUGCAGUUCCAUCCAGGCAUCAACCAUCGCAUCAUGAGACACCAACGCGCCACCAUUCCGACGCCCACGUCAUCCAACUCCUUCUGGCACAGCGAGCCAAACGAUUAUCUUAUUGGCCAUCGUACCACCGAAGACCUGCCUGCUGAGGCCGACAUUGUCAUUGUAGGAUCCGGUAUCACGGGCACAAGUGCAGCCAGGUACUUGGCUGAAGACGAAAGGGCCAAUGGCAAGAGCGUUGUAAUGCUGGAGGCGAGGGAGGCGUGUUGGGGUGCUACUGGGAGGAAUGGCGGGCACUACCAGCCCCUCCUCUUCGACCGUGGUAGCGACGUGGCCGAUUUCGAACUCAAGAAUGUCGCCGCUGUACGAUCCUACAUAAAAGACAAUAGCGUGCCCUGCGAAUGGCGCGACGUGAUCGGCUGCCGCACAUUUUGGACCGAGGCUGCGCUCAAGGAGGCUGAGCACGAGGUUGACCAUCUUCGCAAGAUUGCACCCGAAAUCGCAUCAAAGGUCACGAUAAUCAAGGACAAGGAGGAACUCAAGAAGCAUCGUGUCUCGCCUGACUGCUUGGGAGCAACACUGAGUGAAGGUGCUGGGAGUCUGUGGCCAUACAAGUUGGUCGCAUUCAUUCUACAAAAGCUGAUAAAGGACGGCCGAAUCAAUCUUCAGACGAAAACCCCGGUUACUGAGAUUACUUCUUCUGAGGGAACACACACGCUGCAUACGCCCCGUGGUACCAUUAGAAGCAAGACAGUCGUCCUCGCGACAAACGGCUACACGUCAGCUCUUCUACCGCAUUUUGCCGACCUCAUUGUUCCAUGCCGUGGUGAGAUGUCUGCGCUCUUCCCACCAGAAGGAUCGACCAUUCUUCCAAACUCCUACGGCAUGGUCGCAGCGCUCGGACAGCCUGCCAACAAUGACGACUACCUUAUCCAGCGACCUUUCGAGGGUGUGCCAAACCCGGCCGGUCAUCUCAUGUUUGGUGGCGGCCGCGGAGCCGGACACUUCCCCAGUCUAGGCACCUCAGAUGACAGCAUCAUUGAUGAAGGAUCCGCUACCUAUCUCCGCGGCGCCCUGCUCAAAGUGCUCCAACUGGACGGAAAGACUGAAGGAAUGCAAGAGCUGAAGGCUGCUGCACAAUGGACCGGCAUCAUGGGAUACUCACGUGACAACCAUCCCUGGGUUGGCAAGGUCCCAGAACAAGAGGGCUUGUGGCUUUGCGGUGGAUAUACUGGACAUGGUAUGCCCAACGGCACGUUGUGUGGAAAGGCUGUUGUAGAUAUGCUGCUUGCGGAGAGCAGUGGCCAAGACAUCAAUGCCGUUCAAGCACAGAUGAUACAAAAGGGGGAUCUUCCAAAGAGUUACGUUCUGAGCAAGGAGAGAAUUGACCAGGCACGACAGAUGCUUACAGUGCAGCAGCAAGAUGAACAGGACGUGCACAUGAAUGGUGUAGUGUAGUUCGUAUCUGAUCCUCCGAUUGAAUCUAUUAGUGUCACGG